ACACAAAAUACGGAGAGCGAUAAAGCUCAUAGUUCACGCGUCUUUAACACCAACUCGAUUUUCAUUACAUAUCCAAAGAUGUCUGCCACCAGGUACCGUCGCUUCCUGAAGCUGUGUGAGGAAUGGCCCCGGGACGAGGCCCAGAAAGCUCGGGAUUUGGGAACGUUUCUACGACAGAGAGUAGCCACAGCCUUCCGUGAGGGUGAAAACACACAGAUCUCAGAUCCGGAGAAAUGUGACCACAUGUAUGAAAGUUUGGCCCGCAUUAAUGAUAAUUUCUACAGACAACGAUUCCCUCGUGUAAGAGACACAAGCUUUACUGGAGUUACAGUGGAAGAGUGUAAAUUGCUUUUGUCAGGAAAUCUGCAGCAGAUGGACGAGGAAAAAAAGGGUUUGUGGAAGAAGUUAAUGGAGAGAUUCUCAAAAUCACCAGAAGACGUUCCAGAGAAAGCCCCGGAAAAAUAACUCUCACUCUUUUCUUUUUCUUUUCUCAUUACAUAUAUAGAAUUAAAGCUCAUUGUUAACUUAAAAA